UUUUUAUCCGUUUUACUAUAUUAAAACCUGUGCGUGUUUUUUUUCUUCACACCAACUAUUUCAGUUUAUAGUUAUUAUUAUUCUUUUUUCUUUGGGGAAUGAAAUUAUGAAACGAAUUGAAAAUGUUUGAGUACCAACUUUGCUGUGUAAGGAAAGCAAAAACAACGUUUAUUACAGGAAAGAAAGCCUUGUCUGUUUGUGGGUACACUGUGGUUUUUCAUGUUUACUUGGAUUCUCUUUAAGUGGAAAUUAUCUCAAUUGGGUUUGCUCAAGCUUUUCAGCAGAAUCAGAAGUUGAUUGUUUUUAAUACCAAAGAUAUAUGUGUAUGGCUGAAGAGAGUACAUUUUCUGGGAUGUCUGAAACUGAUAUAAUAGUUCUGAAAGACACACUCCAACUUCAGCAACAGCUUCUGCAAAAGCUUUAUGCCGAGUUGGACCAGGAAAGGGAAGCUUCAGCUAGUGCAGCUAGUGAAGCUUUAUCCAUGAUACUACGUUUGCAAGGAGAGAAAGCUGCUGUGAAGAUGGAAGCAAAUCAGUACAAGAGAUUGGCAGAGGAAAAGAUUUGUCAUGCUGAGGAGUCUCUUGCGAUUUUCGAGGAUCUAAUUUAUUCCAAGGAGAUGGAAAUUGCUUCACUUGAAUUCCAAGUUCAGGCUUAUAAGUGCAGGCUUUUGAGCUUGGGAUACAGUGAUAUGGUUGCUGUUGAAAGCAAGUUUCCUGAGAAUUUAUUGAUACAAGGAAGUGAUCUAUGGAAAGGAGAUUCUUGUGUUGCUGUUGGUGGUGGUGGUGGUGGUAAUGUUAAGAGGUUUAGCUCUUUGCCUCCAAUUCCCAUAAAGGAUUUCCACAGCAAGAAAAACGGUUUAGAACAAGAAAAAUCCGUGGAUUCUUCAGGUGGAUCCUUUAGUUCUUUCUGGCAACAGAUAAAGAUGUUAGAUGAACAAGUAAGAGAGAUUUCAAAUGGUAGAGAUUCUAGUAGAGAGAAAGCUACAAAAUCAAAGAGUGGUUCUAGAUCUUGUUCAUUGCCUCCACCAGUAACCACCAGCAGCACAUCAGUUGAUUUUUCGAGGUUAGAAACUGUUAACAGUUUGGAUCAAGUAAACCGCGCUGAUAAUCGACGAGAAGAGUCGUCGAGUGUUCAAGAUAUUUAUGAAGUUCCGAAACUUAAAGAGGAUCAUAAUAUUCGUGAACAACAAAACAAAGCACAGAGAAAGUUGAUUGAAGAAGCUGAGAUUAAGCUUGGGAAGCUGGAUUUUAUGUCAGAGGAAACCAGUAACUUUUGUGUUCAAGAUGAAAACGACUGUGUAAAGACGAUGUUGCACUGCUCAAAAGAUGAGAGAAACUUGUCUAUACCAAAUGAUGAAAUGAGUAUUAAAUGCAAUGUGACUACGGUUCAUCCAACAAUUGGUGUUUCUGAAUCUCAGGCCAAGUUUCAACAGUUGUGUAGAAGGGUAGACCGGAUUGAGGGAGAGAAUAGUGCAAGUCAAGAAAUUACUUCUGCAGGUGAAGAAGAGAGAAAGUUAUUGAGGGAAAUACAUGAAAAAAUCAACACCUUACAAGCUGAAAUUUGUAGUUGGAGAAAAGAUAAAACUCCAGUACAUGAUGAACAAGAAAAACCCUUAGAAAACAAAACUGGAAAGCAAGAUAAUGAUCGCGUACAUUGUCUAAAAGAGGCACUGCUACACUUUUGGCUUUGAUCAAUAAAUUCAAUCGAAUGGUACCAUUUCGGGAGAUGUUGAAAAGAUCUAGGCUUCACCAGUUUCAGACAGGCUGUGGUAUGUUCAUUGAGAUCCCCCUGGUGAAUAUCCAAAAAAAUCUCUAAUUGGAUUUCCUUUUCUAACUGGAUUUUAUUCCAAAAUUGAUCUUACAGCUCACUAACACUAAGUAUACCAUUAGUGAGGGAAAAAAAUGAAGGUUUUUCUUGUAAGGUUAGGCGGGGAGCCUAGUUUCGAAAACAAAAAACGAAAAGAAAAAUAAAAAGCUUGCAUAGUUGUUCAUAUAAGUAGCUGCACAUCAUAAGAGAGUGUAAUUUUAGAGUACUGUAUUAGGCUUGCUUUCUUAUCUAUUCUUUGUUUCAAAAUUUUCAGAUAUAUAUAUUGAUUGUAAGUAAUAAGUAUACCUUGCUGUUUGAGAGUUUAAUUUUUCCUUGUUUGAUUGUAAAUCAGAUUUUGCAUACACAAUAAUUUUCAUAUUACCUGUAACAAGUAAAUAAUACAGUUUGUUUGAUUGA